UGGUUGCUUUCAGGCCAUCUGUUCAUUACUAUUGAAUGUACACGUAUACAUGUAGUUGCAAUGGUAUGUUAUUGACAGAACUAGCACUGCAACAACAUGGCAGCAGACGAGUCCGUCUGUGUUGUUGACUUUGAGCCGUAUUUAAAGCGAGGCUUGGAGGCUACCUGGUACGACUAUUACAGCAAUGGAGCCGGUGAGGGACAGACACAUCGAGACAAUGUUAAGGCCUUUUUGAGGUAUCGGCUCCGACCCCGUUACUUGCGUGACGUAUCCAACCGUGUGACUCGAACGAGCAUCCUGGGUCUUGACAUUGAGUUUCCGGUAGGGGUCAGUCCAACUGCUACCCAUGGGGUCAUACAUGGUGAUGGGGAAAAGGCGACUGCUAGAGCCGCAGCAAGCGCUGGCACAGUGAUGGUCUUAAGUUUAUACUCAAGCAAGUCCCUUGAAGAUGUAGCAGCAUCAGUUCCCGAAGACACCCUUCUCUUCAUGCAACUCAACAUCUUAAGAAGCAGAGUUAAGACGGAGGAGAUUAUCAAGAGGGUCGAUGCUACCGGGCGGUACAAGGCACUAGUUGUGACUAUUGAUCAGCCUGUAUAUGGAAGGAAGCGAGCUCAACCUCUUAACGCAUUAUUGUAUGCUAAACAUACGCAGGUACCGAACAUUCUUAAUCAUCCAGGCGAGACUUGGUGUGACAGUAACUCAAUAGACCCUGCCUGUACAUGGGACGACAUCAAAUGGCUUCAGGGUGUUACGUCAUUACCUAUCAUUCUCAAAGGUAUACUCACAGCUGAGAGUGCCAAGAUGGCGGCUAGCCUCGGUGCUGCUGGUAUCUUAGUUUCUAAUCACGGAGGACGGCAGUUGGAUGGCGUAGCUGCAACGAUAGAUUCAUUAUCAGAGGUGGUCGAGGCAGUAAAAGGUUCAAACGUUGAGGUGUAUCUCGAUGGUGGAGUCCGUAAAGGAACCGACGUACUCAAAGCACUGGCCAUGGGGGCUAGAGCCGUCUUCAUCGGUAGGCCGGCACUCUGGGGUCUCGCUUACAAUGGUGAGGCAGGAGUGAGGAAAGUUCUAGAUAUCCUGAAAGACGAGUUCAGUUUGGCAAUGGCACUGGCUGGUUGUUCAUCAGUUGCUGAAAUCACACCAGAUUUGGUCAAGGCUUCCCCGUAUGGCAGUCUGUGACGUCACUCUCACUGACUUUACAAAGCUCCUGGCGUAUUGUUUAACGUUUUACAUUGAGAGGUUGACAACAAUUAUUACUCGCAAGUCAUGAGCGUUUUCAGUGUAGGGCGCUGCGUAUUAUUUUUUAGAAGCUCCAGCCACACAGUCCCUUGCUGGUUCGUCGUCAGAAAGAAUGUGAUGAGAAGUUGUUUGCCGUUUUUUCUUCAUAAGGAAGACCCGUAGUCUGACUGCCCUACGAUAUAUCUCAAGAUACAAGACGAAAAAAAAAAUAUAAAAAAAUAGAGGAGUGUAAGGAACACACAAAACUAUACCAAGAUCCAAUCCAACGGUACACAUAAUAAAAAAUGAUGAGACAAGAAACCAAACGAUCUUCAAUGAGACAUCGUCCACUUUUAUUGAAACUGUAUUAUUCAUGGAUAUUCAAUACUGAUACUUGCUAGUCUCUCACUUCAGUUGCACUGUGCAUGGAGGUACAAUGGCUAGUGUAUGCCACUCUGGCUAGUCUUUCUUCGUGCGUGUAUCUAUACACCUAGUCUUGGUGGAAGUCCUUGUUUUGAUCUGUCAACAUUUCACCCAAGAGAGGGCGCUACUGUCUAAAACAGAUAUGCCUGCAUUUUGGAUAACAUUGACAAUAUUAAACUAUGAAAGUUAUUGCCACUACACUGUAUACAACAACAAAUAAUAGAAGAUUUUUAUAGAAAAAUAGAAGCAAAUAUCUUGGGUUGAGGGUUUUCAUUUGCACUUUUGUUUAGAAAGCUUGUCGUCGUUAAACAUUUUACACAAAAUAAAUACCAUGUUUUAUUGCUUUUUUUCUGGAAAAUGAUUGCCACCAUUCACAAAUUUGUAACGGUACCUGUGACCAAAGUUUAUAAAAAAUAUUGCUUAAAAUCUACAUACAUGAUGAUGUAGGCCAUGUGACCUGUGACAUCAUUACAAGAGAGCCACACAGACUGGACUCUAUGUAGGACUUAUUUAGACAAAGCUCAAUUGAAGAAAACGUUCUCUAUAAAAGUUUUAAAUUUGUAUCAAUUUUAAAAUGAGAAAUGUUAAAUCCCUUUUUUAACUAUAUAUUUUGUAUCCCUGUUAAAGUUUGAAUACUAAGGGAAACACAUAUCAAGAUUAUUACAAUUCAUUUUUUUUGUUUAUAUAAAUACUACAAGACAUCUGACCGACAGACAAAAACUAAUGCCGACACCACAAAGAUUAGAAUAAUUUACACUUACCCGAAAAACCAAGAUCAAAGUUACCUCAAACCAUAGUUAGGAAGAAUUGCACCGAAAUUACAACUUUCAAAGUUGAGUUUGAAUAAAAAGAAAGCUACGUUAUUUCAGUAAUAAUACAGUGAGAAAUUAGAGAUAAAGAAAGUUUCUGACAAAGAUCUACUUUAAUACACAAGUUUGCAGAGAAACUAUGUAAACUAAAAGUUUUUAACAAACGUAAAUGUUUAUCAAAAAUAUAUUAUACAUCAAUGUAAUUCAAGGAAUACUGAAGAAAUAUUCCACUUAAUUUAGUCUCAAAAUAUAAUAAAAUAAAACUCUAACUAACAACUUUCUUUGCAUUCAUUUUUUCUUGACUAAACCCAGAAAUAGUCUGCCAAACAUUUGAGUAAGCAUAAAUUUGUGAAUUUUUACAACUGAGACUAAAUAGAACUAAGGAGAAACUGCUUCGCCCUAACACAGUAAUGCAGCGCCAGGCCUUGGGUAGUCUUGGUGCAAGACGUUUCUCGUUUUUCUUUCACGCACACCGCGGCCAAUUCACGAACAGCGCCUGCACCGACUCACCUGCCCCGGGGAGAAAUGUCUUGGCCCGUUUGCUGAUCACUUUGGAAAUUCCGAGCACAUUCCAAACAUGCACAAAGCAGUAGAGGUCGUAACUGACCCAGGCAGGUUGACU